CGCCGCGAUCAAUCGACUCUUUUUGCUGGCCAUUUGAGCCUCCGUUCCUUUUUCCUCUUCACUGCUGCUCAACCAUCUUGCCGCCUGGCCCCCCGGUUCAAUCAACCUCGAGGCGACGACCAAUUGACAGCCCUCCACCAUGGAUGCGCCAGAGCCUGAACGGACCCCUUUCGAGGCGGUUACAGCCCACACCACCAGGCUGCAGAGACAAUACCAAGCGAUUCUGGACCAGUCAACUCCGUAUGUUAUGUACCGAUGGAUUGGCACCGGCGUGGCCUUGGUUCUCUUCUUCUUGCGCAUCUUCUUCGCGCAAGGAUGGUACAUUGUUGCAUACGCCCUGGGCAUCUACCUCUUGAACCUCUUCCUGGCUUUCCUCCAGCCCAAGUUCGACCCUUCAAACGAUGCGCUCGAUAACGAGAUGGAGGACGGCGCCGUUGGCACUCUUCCCACCAAGCAGGACGAGGAGUUCAAGCCCUUCAUCAGGCGUCUUCCCGAGUUCAAGUUCUGGUACUGGGCCACGAGGGCCAUUGGCAUCUCCUUCGUCUGCACCUGGUUCUCCAUCUUCGACGUUCCCGUCUUCUGGCCCGUCUUGGUUAUGUACUGGCUGAUUCUCUUUGUCCUCACGAUGCGCCGACAGAUCCAGCACAUGAUCAAGUACCGCUACGUGCCCUUUACCAUCGGCAAGAAGUCCUACAUCAAGGACCGAUCGUAGACGGACCGGACAACGACCAGCGUGGAGACAAGAAGGUCUCUGCUCGAUGGGGCUCGAAUUGAAGGAGGGGGGAAAAUUGUUUCGCUGGGCUGGCGUAAGCCCUGAACCACAAGGCAACUGCCUACGCGUGUCACGAUGGCUUGUACGGGCUGGAUGUAGAAGAGACGUGUGCGGCACACGAUGGCGCCUUUGGAGGGGAUCUCACUCUUGCAUGGGACAACUAAAGAAAAGCACCGGGCCUGUUACUGAAUCCUUGAAAGGCGUCGACGGAUGGGUUAGACUCGGGAUGACUGAUACGAAACGCAUGGGAACCAGGUCUUGGAGAC